UAGUCUCGCUCAAUCAGACGUUCGCAAUAAACCAAUCAGAAUGCUAAUGGUGGAAGUGCUGUGAGAAGUGACCGGUUUCAGUGUUAUUAAAUUGAGAAGUUCAAAAUGAAGACGUCAAGUGCGCCCUUUGGGGCAGGCUGGUUGUUGCGUAUGUCUCCCCAAAAACAGGAUACUUUGUUGAAGUUGAUGAUUCUGACAAUAGCUGCUAUUUUAGCCUUUUCCACCAGACUGUUUUCAGUACUCCAGUUCGAAAGUGUUAUUCAUGAAUUUGAUCCUUACUUCAACUACCGAACAACACUCUUUCUUGCGGAAAAAGGAUUUUACAAUUUUCAUAAUUGGUUUGAUGACCGAGCUUGGUAUCCUUUAGGUCGUAUUAUUGGUGGUACUAUUUACCCAGGUUUAAUGGUAACAUCAGCAGCAAUUUAUAACGUUUUAAACUUUAUAAAUAUUACAAUUAAUGUUAGAAAUGUUUGUGUGUUCCUGGCACCACUGUUUGCUAGCUUUACAACAGUUGUUACAUAUUUGUUCACCAAGGAACUUAAAGAUGCUGGAGCAGGUUUAGUAGCAGCCUCUAUGUUAGCUAUUGUACCAGGUUAUAUCUCCCGUUCUGUAGCUGGUUCCUAUGACAACGAAGGAAUUGCUAUCUUCUGUAUGUUGUUGACCUAUACACUGUGGGUAAAAGCCGCCAAGACAGGAUCUCUAUUCUGGUCUGUUCUCUGUGCUUUAGCUUAUUUUUACAUGGUAUCAUCAUGGGGAGGAUAUGUUUUUCUCAUCAACUUGAUUCCACUCCAUGUUCUUAUUCUCAUGUUUACUGGACGAUUCUCUCACAGAAUCUAUGUUGCCUACUCAUCAGUAUAUUGUAUUGGAACCAUAUUGUCGAUGCAGAUAGCUUUUGUUGGAUUCCAACCAGUUCAAUCUAGUGAACACAUGGCUGCUUUGGGUGUAUUUGGAUUGUGCCAGAUUCAUGCUUUUGUUGAUUAUUUAAGAAGUAAGCUGUCUGUUGAACAGUUUAACUUGUUGUUUAAGAGUUUAGUUUUGAUCUCUGGUUCUGUUAUGUUUGGUGCUGCUGCAGUUGCUACAGCUGCUGGAAAAAUUUCUCCAUGGACUGGUCGAUUUUACUCCCUGUUGGAUCCAUCUUAUGCGAAGAAUAACAUUCCUAUUAUUGCUUCUGUAUCUGAACAUCAGCCUACAGCCUGGAGUUCCUUCUAUUUUGAUCUGCAGUUAUUAGUCUUCAUGUUUCCUGUUGGUCUCUAUUACUGUUUCUCUAAAUUAACUGAUGCUAAUAUAUUUAUUAUUAUUUAUGGUGUUACCAGUAUCUAUUUCUCAGGUGUCAUGGUGCGUUUAAUGUUGGUGUUAGCACCUGUUAUGUGUAUAUUAUCUGGUAUUGGAGUAUCGUCUGUCUUAAAUACGUACAUGAAGAAUCUGGAUGUAUCAACAAAGAAAGAUAAAAAACAGAAAAAAUCGGACAAUACUUACCCCUUGAAAAAUGAGAUUGCGACCGGCGUUAUUAUGAUCAUGACAUCGUUUUUGAUAAUGUAUACGUUCCACUGUACGUGGGUAACAUCAGAAGCUUACAGCAGUCCGUCUAUUGUUUUAACAGCUAGAGGUGGAGAUAAUGGCAAAAUUAUAUUUGAUGAUUUCCGUGAAGCUUAUUACUGGUUGAGACAAAAUACACAUUAUAAUGCUAAAAUUAUGUCUUGGUGGGAUUAUGGAUAUCAGAUAACUGCUAUAGCUAAUCGGACAGUGUUAGUUGAUAAUAAUACUUGGAAUAAUACACAUAUAUCUCGAGUUGGACAGGCUAUGGCAUCAACAGAAGAUAAAGCCUAUGAAAUAAUGAGAGAAUUAGAUGUGGAUUAUGUUUUAGUUAUAUUUGGUGGAUUAACAGGAUAUUCAUCAGAUGAUAUAAAUAAAUUUUUAUGGAUGGUACGUAUUGGUGGUAGUACAGAUCGAGGUAGCCAUAUUAAAGAAGCUGAUUAUUAUACACCUCAAGGUGAAUUCCGUGUAGAUAAAGAUGGUUCACCUAUAUUACUCAACUGUCUAAUGUAUAAGAUGUGCUAUUAUAGAUUUGGUUCAGUUUAUACGGAAGGAGGUAAACCAACUGGAUAUGACAGAGUAAGAAAUACAGAAAUCGGAAAUAAAGAUUUCGAACUUGAAGUUUUGGAAGAAGCAUACACAACAGAACAUUGGUUGGUUCGAAUUUACAAAGUCAAAAAUUUAGAAAAUCGUGGAAUUUAAAAUUUCAUUUUGAAACAUUCAUUUGUAGAAUUGUUAUAUUUUCAUUGCACAUCUUUUAAUGUCAAUCUAUUAAAAUACUUAUAAUAAAGUAAGUCUCUUUUUUUUUAAAUAUU